GGGAGCUGGGUGCGAGCAGGGCGCAGCCGCGAGGGAGGCGCGGGGGAGGCCAGCGGGAACCGGGGCGCCAGCAGCAGCCUGUGUUGGCGGAGAGCAGCCGGGCGCAGCCGGAGUCGCAGUCGCGAUGGCCGUGGCCGUGGGGAGACCGAGCAAUGAAGAGCUUCGCAACUUAUCGCUUUCGGGCCAUGUCGGAUUCGACAGUCUUCCUGACCAGCUGGUCAACAAAUCCACCUCUCAAGGAUUCUGUUUCAACAUCCUGUGUGUGGGUGAGACGGGUAUUGGCAAAUCCACGUUGAUGGACACGUUAUUCAACACCAAGUUUGAAAGUGACCCCGCUACUCACAACGAGCCAGGUGUCCGGUUAAAAGCCAGAAGUUACGAACUCCAGGAAAGCAACGUACGGCUGAAGCUAACCAUUGUCGACACGGUGGGAUUUGGAGACCAGAUUAAUAAAGAUGACAGCUACAAGCCUAUAGUGGAAUAUAUUGAUGCCCAGUUUGAGGCCUACUUGCAAGAGGAAUUGAAAAUUAAACGUUCUCUUUUCAACUACCAUGACACAAGGAUUCACGCCUGCCUUUACUUCAUCGCCCCCACGGGCCACUCCCUGAAGUCCCUGGACCUGGUCACCAUGAAGAAGCUAGACAGCAAGGUGAACAUCAUUCCAAUAAUUGCAAAAGCGGACACCAUUGCCAAGAACGAAUUGCACAAAUUCAAGAGCAAGAUCAUGAGUGAACUCGUCAGCAACGGAGUCCAGAUUUAUCAGUUCCCCACGGAUGAGGAAACGGUGGCUGAGAUUAAUGCAACGAUGAGCGUCCAUCUCCCCUUUGCGGUGGUUGGCAGCACUGAAGAGGUGAAGAUCGGCAACAAGAUGACCAAGGCCAGGCAGUACCCUUGGGGUGUGGUGCAGGUGGAGAAUGAAAACCACUGUGAUUUCGUAAAGCUGAGGGAGAUGCUGAUCCGCGUGAACAUGGAGGACUUGCGAGAACAGACCCACACGCGCCACUAUGAGUUGUACCGGCGCUGUAAGCUUGAGGAAAUGGGCUUCAAGGACACCGACCCUGACAGCAAGCCCUUCAGUCUUCAGGAGACGUAUGAAGCCAAAAGGAACGAGUUCCUGGGAGAGCUGCAGAAGAAGGAGGAGGAGAUGAGGCAGAUGUUUGUGAUGAGAGUGAAGGAGAAAGAGGCGGAACUGAAGGAGGCUGAGAAAGAGCUUCACGACAAGUUUGACCUCCUGAAGCGGACACACCAAGAGGAGAAGAAAAAGGUGGAAGACAAGAAGAAGGAGCUUGAGGAGGAGGUGAGCAACUUCCAGAAGAAGAAGGCGGCGGCUCAGCUUCUGCAGUCCCAGGCCCAACAGUCUGGGGCCCAGCAAACCAAGAAGGACAAGGAUAAGAAAAAUGCAAGCUUCACAUAAAGCCGGGCGAGCCAAGGACGCUCCCGCAUUCACCUGCUUUGGCAGUAAUAGCGCAUCUCUGUCGUCUGUGCCCUGUUUGAUUUUGUGUUGCACCCUUCCCCACACACCAGUAACCCUUAGCUCAUUUUGCUGAAUGUUGUCGGGUGAUAGAAAACCAUAGAACAAGGGGGUAACAGCAAAUGCUCAUGCGGCUGGACUGGGUUUCUGGAAAGUUGAUGAUUUGCCUCGUAUGCCUGUUCCAAGUGGCAGCAGGAAGCAUGUCUGUCACUUGUAUGUCACUUUGGACCAAGGAAAGUGGGGUAAAAUACUACCUGUACAUUUGACAUGAGAACUCACUGCCUCAGCAGCUGAACUAAAACCCUGAGUAGCCAUGACAACAACUUGCAUUUUCUUGAUGAUUCAUCUCAUGCUUGCGCAGCCCCUGACUUCAUUGUUCUUAUUCACACUUGCUGCAAGCCUAGCGUGGGCUGGAAAGUAGGCAGAAUGCUGAGUGGUCUCAUAGACAGCUUUCGGCUUGUCUGACUCUUUCAUUGAAUCGCUUGGUUAUUUGGUGCGAGCUUGUGGUCUGCUCAGACCCUCUUAGGGAUGGAGUCCACAUCUGAAUACCCAUUCUAAAGCCUGGCCGAGCUACUAUGGACCGGUGUUAGGAACAUGGCUAUGUUCACCUCCACCAGGGAGCUUUCACAGGCCCAGAUCCCAAAGAGCAGCUCAUUAAGUAUUGCUUAGCUAAAGAACCUUCCACUGAGGACACUGGGUCCCUCCCCACUUACAGUGAGGGGUAUACCCCAGCCCCUCCCCCCACACCUGCAUUUGCCAUAAACCGAAUUUUCAUGAACUGCAAUGAAGAAAACUACCAUAAAAACUUCAAAUAGAAAGGAUGCUACCCAAUGUAUUCCCCAUAGCACAAAUCGGAAAGGAUGUCCUCAGUUUAAGGUAGGGUGGGACUGAGCCCAAUGCACCAUUACUCAAUGCAGAGGAUGAUGAGGCUGUCGGUCAGCUUCGGCUUCAGUUCAGCUCCUUACUCGUGUUGAGACCCAGUUGUCUCUAAGGAACUUUCCACACUCGUCCCCUCACUGUGACUAAUCUGCCUGCUCUGUCUCUUGGGGUAUCAGUCACUCUGCCUCCCCCGGGCAGCACUAACUCAUGUGCCAGGACACGCCCAUCUGCCUGCUGUGUGAGGGGAGAAGGGUGUAUUCUCUCUCCUGUCCUCCUCUCGUCUUCUGCUUGGCUGCCCAUCCUAACACGAUCCCCUGGCUUUUCCUGCUCUCCUGAUGUUUCUUAUGAACCCAACCCAGUCCGCUGCAUCUCCCACUGUGACACACACUGAUAAAAAGAGAAUUGUCCAGCCAGCCUCUGUCUGGUCCCAGCCAAGUUUUCAUGUUCUUCCUUUCUUCCUUUCCUGGCCAUAAGAAAGCGGUGGUCUUUCAUAAACUGAUUUAGGCUUCUGUAGGCACAGUAAGGAAAUUGGCUUCACUGGGGUGCAGGCCAGCCUGGGACAGAAGUCACAGAGCAGCCGCUGCCGCCACCGCCACCAUCUUCACUGAUUGAGGCGCCCCUAGUCAGACCCUGGCUUUGCGUCCAUCUCUCCAGCCGGCUGUGGAGCAGCAGGCACUAACGGCAUGCUCACUAACCGUGGCUGCAUUUGCUUCUUCGCUGCACACCACACAAGAGCUUGAGUAUUUGUGUUGUAUGCUUGCUCCAGCCACUGCUUGUGUGAGCCGUUUUUUGUGCCUUGUAGUAGAAAAUAACCCUUUGCAUUUGAUUUCUCACAUCCCUAAAAGCUUUUUAAGAUAAGCUCAGCCAAAAAAAAAAAAAAAUUUUUUUUUCAAAAACCGUCCAGUUGACUUUUUGAUGCCAAGAUUAUUGAUUGGAUUUCUUUCUCUUUUUUGGCAUUUAAUUUUUUCACAGUAAAAUAAAACCUAUGGAGAGUCAGGGAAUAAAAAACUAAGAGAAUCCUAAAAAUUUUAAAAAAAGAACAGAUUGCUUCUGAAACUGUUUCCUCCCACCGCUCCCAAGCCUCCCGUAGUUUGUUACUGCUGCUCUUUUUCUUUCCGUAUCUGUGCCUUUCUUCACAGUAGUCCCUGGCUCUGCACGGAAUAAACGAUACUCUCAAAUCUAGUUGGAUAUGCUUUCGCCUUUGCAUGUAAGUACAGGACUAAGACUCGGAGAUCUUUCUGUCUCAGAUGAGGGAAAACCAUUGGGACGGAUGAGUUUUUCUUUUGGAGGGGACCUGAAGGUACAGUCUGAGUAAUUUUUUUUUCCUUAAGUGAAAACAUAUACUGGCCACAUUUCUAUUUUGCCCCACAGUUUUUGCUUCCUCAGUGGAAGUAGGUAGGGUAGUGGUUACUGUCUGCAGCCAUCAUUCUGCAGAGCAUCCUGUGGGUCGGCCUUGGAUUCUGACAAUGGGAGAAGGGAACUCCUGCCAACCACUGGAUAAAAGUCAAGAAACAGUGUCUAUGCGGCCUUUCUGUACCCUUACAGUUUGAUUCUUAGCCUAAUGGUCUUUCCUUUGUGCUAACUGCACAGUGGCCACUCAUUUUUAUUUUUUUAUUUUUUUGUCAGACAGCUUUGGCUGGCCUCUCCCUGAGCAUCGUUUGCCCCUUUCUGAGCAUCUGUGCUCCCUGUAACUGUCUCCUGUGCUGCAGGGUAUGACAGAAUGGGCAGCAGGAGAAUUCAGUGCCAGGUCAAGACUAUUUUCCCGGCUUGGGCUCUGUAUUAAUUGGUCUCAAAGGGCAUCAUCUCAGCUAGGGGAACCAUUCCACUUGAUUUUGGGCUCGGGUUUCUCGUUUUUCUCCUCCUCUACUCACCAGCAGCAGCUCUUGCCUCCUCUCCAUCCUCUGCGCCUCUGAUGGGUGGACUUGGCUGUCUCACUUUCCUGACACCCCCACACCCUGAGUGUUCCGCCGAGUCUGUGUUCAGCCCCUCCCCCCAAAUCAUGCUGUCUCUGUGUGGUCCUACCAGAACUGUCCAUUUGAAUCCCUUGCCUUUACCAUUCACAAGGGUCUGGACUUGUCAGGUGUCUGUUUUCAAAAGUCCUAGUUCCACUGACAGGACGUUUAUCAUGGAGUUCUUACCUAUAGAGUCUAGUUUGUAUGUAGGUGUGAAGGGAAUUUUUGAAAAUAAAUUGAAAAUUAAGCUGUGAACAGCAUUAGAACUUUUGUCUACUUCUUGAUUUUAAAAUAUGCUGAUAUGCCUUAAACUGUAGUUUUAGAACUGUCGUUUUUGCUGUUUGAAGAUAACCAGUGUUUUCUAAACUGUUGUGUAUUCCUUCAAUGUUAAUGCGGAAUUGUCAUGUAUGUAAGCUGCAUGUUAGACACGUGUCUUUUUUAAGAACUAAAAUAAUUGUAUUGAUGUGAAGCCUAUCGUUCCUGCAAGUAUAAAAGUGCUGGCUCAGCAGCCCGCUGAGUAACUCCAGUGUCUGUGAACGUGGUGUGCUGACAGGUGACCUAUGCAUUUAUCACUAGUGCCAAGACUUAAAGCGGGGAAAUAUAUUUUUACCCAACCGUU